AUGCUGUCGAGGCGCCUCCAUGCCCUGCUGCUGGCGCCCAAACUCGCCCUCGUCACCCGCAGCUCAACGGCGGAGCUGCAGAAGAGGGAGCUCCUGGACGCCGUGCGGCGCCACGCUUCGCUGGUGGCGGAUAACGUGCAGCGGCGCGACGGCGGGGUCCGUGCGACGUACGAUGAGGAGAGCGUCGUGCACUUCCCUGCCUUUCAGUUGGCGGUGCUGCCGCCCACGAACGGCGUUCACCGCGCGGAGCUUCGGGCGUCGCUUGCCGCGGAGGUCACUGAGGAGUUUCGCCGGCUUUUGAUCCACCCCUGGACCUCGGCGGGCACACGCCAUGUGCUCAUUGUUGGUUGCCGCAGCCUCGCCUACCUCCAAAGGCAGCUGGCGAUGGAUGAGGUGCACAGCGUGCUCGUCGUGGACCACGCCCUCUCGGCCCUGCUGGAGGCGGCCGCCGCGCUGGUGCCACAGUAUGGCCCCCGCGUGCACUUUGUGCGCAGCGACGCGCUCUUCCUGCUGCAGCGCCUUGUGCCGCCUGCCACGGCCGACGUGUGCGUCGCGCCGAUGCCUGUUCCAUUCUGGUCGGAGAGCGGCAGCUACCGACGGCUUGUCACGCGGGACUUUCUUUGUGUGGUCCAUAGCCGGCUGCGGGUGCGUGAGGACCCCGCAGACCCGCGCGGGAUCGUCACGUUUACAGACGCCGUACCGCUUGCUGAAUUUAUGAUGGAGCAGCUGGAGGAGAGCCGGUUAAUUGUCCCGUGGACGCGGAAGGACCCUGCAGGGGCGUACAGCCGAUGGCUGCCGAGUCAGAGUUUGCCGGGCCGUGAGUUUCGACAGCAGCGCCUGGGCGACGUCGUUGCGUGGGCCGCCUCGAAAAGCGGAGCGACGUCACCGCAGGCCGAGGAUGUCGUGCAGUCGCUCGACUACAAGCGGCGCUACUACCGUGCGCUCGCUCGGGAGGAGGAGUGA